UGACAAAAACCGUAAAGCUAAAAGCUUAACCGGUUAUCACCCAAACAUGGCCGUUGACUGGUCGGAUCUCCGACCAGAAUUGCUCGAAACUAUCGCCAGAAAACUCACAGUCCUCGGCGAUUACAUCCGAUUCCGAGCCGUCUGUGUCAAUUGGGGAUCGUCAACCCCAAAAACCCCAAAGCACCUUCCUUGCCAACUCCCAUGGCUCAUGCUCCCUCAUAACCGGUACAGCCUAAGUAGCUGUCGAGCAUUGUAUAGCCUCACCGACAACAAGGUCUAUGCCCUCAAUCUUCCCGAAGCCUCUCACCGCCGUCGCCUAUGCGGUUCAUCGCACGGUUGGCUCAUAAUCCUCGAAGAAUCACCGGCUAUUUUCAUUAUAAAUCUCCUAACAAGAGCUAAGAUUAAUCUUCUUCCGUUGUCGGCGUUUCCGAAUGUCAUUGACUUCAAUUUCUCCGAUGUGGGCCGUGAAUAUAAGCUUCGUGAUCCUGAUGGUGAUGUCUAUACUCGAAAUUUAAAGGAAAUGCGCGAUUCCUUUGUGAAAAAGAUGAUCCUUUCUUCGAGUCCUCUGAAUGAUUCAAAUUACAUUGCUGUGGCGAUACUUAAUCAAACAGGUGAUCUUGCUUACCUUAACAAUGGUGAACCAUUUUGGAGAUUUAUACAUGAAGCGCAUUCAUAUUGCGAGGAUGUUAUUUAUUACAAUGGGCUGUUCUAUGCUGUGAACAAAUUUGGAGGCAUUGCGGUUUGUGAUUUACAGGGUGAUUCACCUAGGGUUUCAUUUAUUGAUACACCAAGACAUACCGUUGGGGAUAUGGAAUAUUUGGUGAAUUGGAUGGAUGAAUUAUUAUUGGUAACGCGAUAUUUAGAACUUGAAUUUGAUGUUUACCUUGAUAUUGCAUAUAAGACAAGCGAAUUUCGAGUGUUUAGGCUGGAUUUGAGUGGACCUAAGUGGGAGAGGGUGACAAGUUUGGGUGAUCGGGUGUUGUUUUUGGGGGAAAGUUUAUCCUUGGUGUUGUUGUCUUCUGAUUUUCCCGGAUGUAAAGGGAAUUGUAUCUAUUUUGCAGAUGAUUACUCGGAGGCUAAUUAUGAUGGUGGUAGUGGGGAUCAUGAUUUGGGUGUUUACUACUUGGAAGAUGGUAGUAUUGAAGCAUUGCUGGGUUUUCCUCGCAAUUCACAGACUGGAUUUCUUUGUUCUCCACCAAUUUGGGUUUCUCCCAAUUUGUGUUAAGCGUGUAAGUGCAAUUGUUUAAAUUGCUGUAUUUUUAAGCUUUAAUGUGCCUAUUUUCACCUGCCAGAUUCUGUAAAUAAUUAAAUACACAUAAGUUGUACCAU